AUGGCGUCCGACCCGGAAGCCACUACAGGCAAACGUCUGCUGCUCCUCGACUUUCCCUCGGAGAUUCUUGCCGGCAUCUGCCAGCACCUGCCCAACUCGGACAUCAAGUCCCUGCGCCUCGCUGCGCCGUCCCUCUGCCACGCCGUGCCGCCGCGCUUCACCCGUGUCUUUCUCUCGCCGGAUCCGAGCAAUCUCGCCGUGUUCCGUGCCGUCGCCGCGCACCCGACUUUCCGCCUCGGCGUUCGCGAGAUUGUCGUCGACGACGCGCGCCUCCCAGAUAUAACCCGGCGCCGGGACUGCUUCAACGACACCACCAACCAGGAGGAGAGAGACAUAAGCGCCUCGGAUAAUGCGAUCCAGCGAGGCCUCGAGGCGUCGGACAACCAGCAGGUUUCGCCGGGCAGCCACGGCGUGUACUCUUCGGAUCCAGAGCCCAUGAUGAUGUGGUUUAGCCUUCGCCGCCAGAGGAACCGGCUGGAGCUGCGCGGCCGCCACGCCAACGAUUCAGGCAACGUGGCGGGGCGCGCGGCACGGGAUGCGCAGCGGGCCGCAGAGCCCCCGGUGGAACAGACCUACCAGCAUUACCGGGACCUGCUGCGGGCGCAGGAGGCGUCGAUGGAGACUGGGGAGGAUAUGCAGGCUCUGGUGGACGGCCUCGCAGCGUUUCCGGCGCUGGAGCGCAUCACUAUUACCCCCGCGACGCACGGGUUCCUGUACACGCCGCUGUACUACACACCCAUGAUCCGCAAUCUGCCGUACGGCUUCAACUACCCGCUGCCGCGCGGCUGGCCGACAUCCAAGGAGAGGCCGCUGCAGGAGACGCUGCUGCAGGAGCUGUUCCCGUGGGUGCCCAGCCCGGGUUGGACGGCAGACUCUGUCGAGCGCGAAAAGGCACGCUGGAGGGGUCUGGUACUGGUGCUGCGGGCGCUCGCGACGCGCGUCCAAGACGGCGGCAGCGCGGUGCCGGAGCUGGUCAUGGACGUGCACUCGCUCAAUACAGGCGUCAGCCCGUACAUGCUGGCGCAGGAGUGCGAAGAGCGCGACUACCUGGCUUUGAUCCUGCGCCAGCCGGGUUUCCGGCGCCUCGAUCUGCCGAUCCUCCUCGCCGGCGUGCAGCCCAACGACGUUGCUCUUUUAGGAAACGGCCUCCUCAAGAGCCUGCUUGCCGAGGCACGCGAUCUGAAGCACUUUCGCCUGCGCGGCGACGGGCAGUUGGACCCGGCGUCUCCUUCCCCGCAGCGCUUUUUCCCUCUGAAGUCGUUGCUCCCGCUGGACACGUGGUCGUCGCUGCGGCACUUUGGGCUGUCCAAGUUUGUGGUGCGCGUACCGGACCUGGUGGACGCGCUAGGCGCGCUCCCCGCGACGCUGCGCACCGUGGAGCUGAGCUUUUUGAUCUUUAGCCCGCUGGAUAUGGGACGGCGCGAGAACCACGGGAUGCUGCUGAAAACGAUGCGGGAGAAGCUGAAGUGGGCGGAUAGACUGCCGGAGGCGCGGCCGCGGGUGACGAUGGGGCUGGCAAAAGCCAAGAACAACGUCGAGGGACGUGGAUUGUGGUUUAGCGAUGAGAUUGGGACGUUUUUGUAUGAGAGUGGCCAGAAUCCGUUUGGUUGGCAGAGGGAUGUGUUGUUGCCGGGCGCGGGGUGGGUGGCGGACGAGUAUGACGCGGAUUUUGCGAGGCCCGAAUACCGACGAUGCGUUGCAACCCGUGAUGGAUGUGUCGAGCGAGGCGACGACAUGGAUCCCUCCCUGUGUUGGCUCCCGGCGCAGCAGGUCGACAAAAUAGGGGAUGUGUGGAGAAUCAAGAAGAUUCUGGAUUUGGAAUUGAAUAUCCAGGCUUGGCAGGGGGGAGAGAAGAGGCGGCUUGACCGCUGUUCCGACUGCGAGUGCGGCCAAAGUUAA